UGAACGUCUGAUUUUACCUGAGAAAGAAGUUAAAUAUGGCCUCAAAGAAAAACGAGAAAACGGAUAAAAGUGAGAAGGCUUUAGCUGCGGAGAAGGAACAAUUCGUCAAACUGCAGCUUCAAAGCAUUAACAAAUGCAUCACCAGCGCAGAAGCCCCCAUCAAAGAGAAAUAUGGACGCAAGAUUAUUUUAGGCACACACAAGGAAGGUGGCGCCGUCACGUUCUGGUCUCAUGCCGUGAAUUUGCCGCUGUCCAGUAACGCCAUUCUCAGCUGGAAAUUCUGCCACAUGGUGCACAAACUGCUACGAGAUGGCCACCCGAACACUCUGCGAGACAGCAGAGGUCAAACCGCAAGCAUCAGACAAAUGGGAAUAUUAUGGGGGAGUCUACAUGAUAGAUAUGGACAUAUUGUUGCACUGUACACAAAGCUUCUGUGUGUCAAAAUUGAUUUCCAUUUAAAGCUUUUGGAAAUCCCACCAAAUCUUGAAGCCCCUGAGGAAGUUCUUGAUAAAGCCAUCGCCACUGACAUCAACAAAGUGUUUGACAUGACAGGUGAUGCUCUUGACUACAUGGAAGCAGCACUAAAACUGCAGGAAACAGUUUUCCGGCAAAUGGAGUCCAAUUCCACCAGUUCUACAACCGUAGUGGGUCAGUGCCGUCUGGCACCGCUGGUUCAGGUUAUCCAGGACUGCGGGCCACUCUACCACUUUCUAGUCAAGCUCCUGUUCAAGCUGCACAGCCGAAUACCAGUGGACGCUCUGUUAGGACACAGAGAACGAUUUCGUGAGCAGUUCAACAGCCUGACACAGUUUUUUGAGAGAGCAAGAGGGAUAGAGUUUUUUAAAACUAUCAUUCAGAUCCCUGAUCUUCCCGCUGAGCCUCCAAACUUUCUGCGCGCAGCCUCACUCGCAGAUCACGUGAAGCCAGUGGUUGUUCAGAAUCAGGGAAUACCUGAUGAUGAUGACACUGACACACAGCUGGACUUCAACGAAGGACAGUCAUACCAAAUGUAUUAUGGAUUCAACCAGUAUGACCCUACACGCGAUUUACCAGAGCAACGAGAGACAGAGGCUGAUACACUGAGGAUGGAACUUGAAGUGGUGAAACCAGAACUGGAGCUUGUGAAAGUUGAGGCCCAGCGUGCUGUGGUCUAUUUGAAGUCUCAGGUGAAUAAACUGGAAUCUGAGCUUGAAGACCAGCGCACACACAAACAGAUGGCACUGGUGGAGAACGAACGCCUGCGCAUGGAGGUUGACACGCUCAGAGCUCAGACCGCAGUCGCAGCCAGCAUUCAGGCCACGGCUGAAGACGCAGGCAGCAGGGCUCAAACAGCACAGAUGCAUUUCACUCGACUCAAAGAGAAACAUGCCGAGCUGGUCAGCAGACACGCUGAUCUCAUGCGGAAGAAUACAGAAGUGGUGAAGCAGCUCAGCAGCACUCAAAAGGCUCAGGAGGAGCUGGUUGUGGCUAAACAGCAGAUGGCAGUAGAGAUCGAGCAGCUCAGACAGGAGAACAGCACCCAGUUGGAGGCGCAGAAAGCGGAGAUUGAACAUUUGAAGCUCGAGUUACAGACCGGGAAGGCUGAAAUGUCUCAUGUCCAUAAUGCUUUGCAGACUAAGGAGAAGGCUGGAGACCAGCUGAGCAGUGUGUUAGUGGGUCUGCAAGCAGAGAAGGAGGCACUACUGCGUACAAUUAGAGAACAGGAAUCUGAAAUCGCUAGCCUGCGUCAGGCUGUCCAGCUCCACCAGACCACUCUACAGCAGGAGAGAGACAGACAUCAGAGAGAGCUCUCAGCACUACAGAACCAACUACAGGAAAAGCUGUGUCGUGAACAGGAGCAGCAGAUGGAGAUUGAGAAACUGAGACGAGAGCUUGAAGAGAAGCGUGCAGAGGUGCUGCACGCUCAGAGAGCUCUGAACAGUAAAGAAACUGCUGGAGAUCAGCUGGGCAGUGUGUUAGUUGGUCUGCAGGCAGAGAAAGAGGUUCUUCUGCGCUCAGUGAAGGAACAGGAAGCUGAAAUCACUAACCUGCGUCAGACUGCUCAACUCCACCAGGCCACUCUUCUACAGGAAAGAGAGAGGGGUCAGAGAGAGAUGGCAUCACUGCACAAACAACUACAGGCAAAGUUGAGUCAGGACUCAGGAUUGUUGCAGCAGAAGUUGCAGGACGAGCAAUUCAGUCUGUUGCAGUGUGCUGUGGUGGAAGCAGAGGGCAUCGUCUUGGACGCCGUCGCCAAACUGGACGAUCCGUUACACGUCCGCUGCAUCAGCACGCCAGAUUAUUUGAUCAAUCGGGCUGAGUUGACAUUGGCCUGCAUCGACAAAAUGCAGCAGAGUCAUGCAGGAUAUUUGAGGAAUAUGAAUGAUGUGAGUGGUUUGUUGAGGUCAGUUACUCAGUUCUCCCAUCUCAUCUCAGACACUAUUGUUAAUGGAGCGGGCACUGCCCACUCAGCACCAACGGACCAAGCAGACCGAUUGACAGAUAACUGUAGGGAUUGUGCCACUCACUGUCUCCAGUUCCUGAAAGAACUCAAGAUGAAGGCCACCCUCCCGAGAGCUGACCCCACUGCUGUCCGCUACGUAGUCCAGCGCAUACUCAGUCAAGGCCAGGACCUACGACCCAAGGGCGCAGAUGUUCGGAAGGAAGAGCUGGCAGAUAUGGUUGAUAAGGAAAUGGCUGCAACUUCCUCUGCCAUUGAAGAGGCUGUGCUAAGAAUGGAUGAAAUAUUGAGCCAGGCAAGGAGAGAUACUUCUGGAGCGAAACUGGAAGUUAAUCAAAGCAUCAUUGGCUCCUGUUCGGAUCUAAUGAAGGCAAUACACAUGUUGGUAACAGCCUCCACUGACCUGCAGAGAGACAUUGUGGAAAGUGGCAGGGGUGCUGGAUCCGUCAAAGACUUCUAUGCUAAAAAUUCCCGUUGGACUGAAGGUCUCAUCUCUGCAUCAAAGGCUGUAGGAUGGGGCGCCACACAGAUGCUUGAUUCUGCAGAUAAAGUGGUGACUAACGGAGGUAAAUAUGAGGAGCUGAUUGUGUGCUCUCAUGAGAUUGCAGCCAGUACGGCACAGCUUGUCGCUGCCUCAAAGGUAAAGGCAGAUCGAGGCAACAAGAAGCUCCAAACUCUGCAGCAGGCCUCCCGCCACGUGAACGACAUGGCUGCUGUUGUGGUGACAUCAACUAAGGCAGGACAGAUGCAGAUUGAGGAGAAGGACUCCAUGGACUUUUCAGGCCUGUCCCUUAUAAAGCUCAAAACAGAAGAAAUGGAUUCCCAGGUGAAAGUUCUAGAGCUGGAGACACAGCUGGCAAAUGAGCGUAUACGGCUGGGAGAACUCAGGAAAAGACACUACGACAUGGAAGGAAUCCCAAUGGACUCGUCUUCAGAUAAAGCAAUGGAUCAUUUUGACAGUUCACUGCCUACCCAUUAUCCUGACCCACCCACAAUGGAACUACCCAGUUUAGAACCACUCAGACUGGAACCGCCCAGACUAGAACCUCCCGCACCUGAGCCUGCUAAAGGCUCUAAACGAACUUCAAUCUUUCAUAAAUCAGGCAGCAUCCUUAAGAAUGCAUUCAGGUAAAAGGAGCCCACGGUCAAGAUGUAUUAAGAAGAAACCAUCAGAAAUGAAUGUACAUUAUUAUGAAGCAUAGCCCAUUACAUACAUUAUCAUGGUUUGACAGUGCACUGGGUAAGAUAGAAUAAAAAACGUUCUGUAAAUAUCAGCAAAGAUAUACCAGAAUUUUUUAUAUUACCAUUCACUGAACCACUGAAAUGAAGACUUUCUAUCAGGUAAUUGAUUAUUAUGGACAUUUUUAACAAGAAGCAGGCUGAGGUUUUUAACUAUGCCUGUGUUAGUUUUGUUUACUAGUACCAUCAAAAUGUAGAUGGCUGGUACCAUUUUGAGGACCUUCAUAGGCCUGUACUGGCUGUUGUUAAUCUUUGACCUUUUAAAACUAUUCUUAUAAAGGUAUUUCAGCUAUAUGAAGACAAGAACAACACUUGAAACUGACUCCCUUCAAUAUGUCAUAAGAGUACUAUUAGACUGGUCACCCUCAAAGUAUUCGUUCUGAUGUUCAUUUCUGAUUUAACGUCUUUAAAAUGUUUUUACAUUUUAACAUGUUUUUACCAUACAGUGGCAAGACAAAAUAUGUGAACCCUUUGGAAUAAGCUGGUUUUCUGCAUUAAUCUCAUCUUCAUUAAAGUCACAAGAAUAGACAAACACAAUUUGCUUAAGCUAACAAAACACAAACAAUUAUAAUCUUUUAUGUCUAUAGAACACACCCCAUUAAACAUUCACAGUGCUGUGGAAAAAGUAAGUAAACCCUUGGAUUAAAUAACUGGCCAGUCCUCUUUUGGCAGCAAUAAACUCAACCAAAUGUUUCUGGUAGCAGCGAAUUAGACCUGCACAACAUUCAAAAGGAAUUUUGGACCAUUCUUCCUUACAGAACUGCUUCAGCUCAGCCAUAUUCUUAGGAUGUCUGGUGUGAACAGCUCUCUUGAGGUCGUUCCACAGCAUCUCUAUUGGGUUAAGGUCUGGGAUCUGACUGGGACACUCCAAAAGGUGGAUUUUCUUUUUGUGAAGCCAUUCUGUAGUGGAUUUACUUCAGUGUUUAGGGUCAGUGUCCUGCUGUAACACCCAACUUCUACUGAGCUUCAGCUGGCGCACAGCAACCCUGCCAUUAUCCUGUAGGAUAUCUUGAUAAACUUGGGAAUUCAUUUUUCCCUCGAUGAUGGAAAGCGGUCCAGGCCCCGAAGCAGCAAAGCAGUCUCAAAUCAUGAUGGUCCCUCCAUUGUACUUCACCGUUGGGAUGAUGUUUUGAUGUUGAUAUGCAGUGACCUUUUUACACCAUACAUAGUGCUGUGUGUUCUUCCCAAAAAAUUCAACCUUAGUUUCAUCAGUCCACAAAACAUUUUCCCAAUAGCGUUGUGGAGUGUCAAGGUGGUCUUUUUCAAACUUCAGGUGCACAGCAAUGUUUUUGUUGGAAAGCAGCGGCUUCCUUCAUGGUGUCCUGCCAUGGACACCAUGCCUGUUUAAUGUUUUCUGUAUAGUAGACUCAUGAACAGAGAUGUUAACCAGUUCCAAUGGUUCCUUCAAGUCUAUCUGUCACUCUAGGGUUCUUUUUUACUUCGUUGAGCAUUCUGCUGUGUGUCCUUUGAGUCAUCUUGGCUGGACGGCCACUUCUAGGGAGAGUAGCCACAGUACUAAAUCGUCUCCAUUUAUGGACAGUUUGUCUAACUGUGGACAGAUGAAUAUCUAAGCUCUUAUCUCUCUCGACAUAACUUUGUAACCCUUUCCAGCUUUAUGUAAAGCAAACAUUCUCGAUCGUAGGUCUUCUAAGAUCUAUUUUUUUGCAAGGCAUGAUCCACGGCAGCAGAUGCUUCUUGUGAAUAGCAAACUCAAAGUGUUUGAGUGCGUUUUAUUAGUCAGAGUAGCUCUAACCCACACCUCUAAUCUCGUUUCAUUAAUUGGAUGCCAGGUUUGCCAACUCCUGACUCUAAUUAGAUUUUGUUGACGUCAUUAGCCUAGGGGUUCAUGUACUUUUUCCAACACUGUAAAUGUUUGAAUUGUCUAUUCAAUAUGUACAAGAAUAAUACAAUAAUUUGUGUGUUAUUGUUUGUUCCUUAUUGUAACUUAGAUGGUCAAACCAGAUUUUAAGACAAAUUUAAACAUAA